CACCAAAGGGCUGAAACAUGGGCAAGGAAACAUGGCUCAAGAUUCUCUCCAGUGAAAUACCAGCUCAUACAUUUCACCCGCUUCAGGAUGAAAUUCGACAUAACGCAAACUAUGAGAAUCGAAGACACAGAGGUCAAACCCAACAAGUCAGCCACAUACCUGGGUGUCAUCCUGGACCCAGCACUCCGAUGGGAGGACCAAAUCAGACACGUCCAAAAGAAAGCAACUCCCCUCCUAAAACUGCUGGCAACGCUUGCAGGAAGCACAUGGGGAGCAGGUCUGAUACAGCUGCGCCAGGUUUACCAAGCUGUGGUGCUUCCGGCAAUCCUCUAUGAAUGCUCAGCA